AUGCCUUCCGCCGCAUUCACAACUGCCGCAGACGACAGCAAGAAGUUGCUGGCCAAGCCCUCAAAUGAAGAGUUAUUGGAGCUCUACUCCCUCUUCAAAAUCGCCAAUGGCGAGGAUAUCUCCAAAGCCACCGCCCCUGGCAUGUUCGAUCUGAAGGGUAAAGCCAAGUACAAGGCAUGGCAGAAGGAAGUCGAUGCCGGUACUUCAGCUUCGUCUGCCGAGACCCGCUACGUCGAACUCGUCGAGAAGCUCAAGAAGCAGUAUGGAUUUGAUGCAAACAAGAAGCCCGAAGCUGUUGGAUCGAGCUAG